AUGAUGGAGUCCAGCUAUCUCGCCAAGAAACGUCUUGCUAGGUCAAAUACGAAAGUCUUUGUUCUUAGAGUUGAAAUGUCUACUGAUCGUUAUUCAAGAACCAUAUAUUUGGAGAAUAUUUCAAAAAACCAUCACGACCACAGCAAAAUCAUUAUUCAUACUUACAAGUUUCCACAUCCAUAUCCAACCAGUGAUGUUGGUUGGAUAAUGGGGUACUGCAACGGUUUGGUCUGCAUCUACAACUUCGGAUACAUUUAUCUGAUUAACCCGGCAACGAGAAAACUCCGGAUUCUUUCUCCUGAGCUUUUGCGAGAGUAUACAGGCUUGUCAGGUUGGGCGGGUACGUUGCCAGUUAGUGUGGGAUUUGGAAGAGACAUAGUUACAGGAGCAUACAAAGUAAUCUUGAUGUAUUUAUUUGCUGAAGGUGAUAAUAUUGUCAAGACCGAAGUCCUUAACCUCCAAAGUGGUGAACGACAGCACAUUUGUUUUCCUCUUACUUACGAUGAACUUGGCAAUGAUAAAUUAUCAGUCUUUGCAAAUGAAUCACUUUUUUGGCUGAAAGAGUUUGAUUAUAGGCUUCCGAGUUUAUCCGCCAAACUCGGAGCCAUAGAUCUUCACACUGAAAAAUUUCGUGAUGUGUUAUUACCGCGUUGGUAUUCUAGAUACUGUGAAAGUGUGUACACAAUAUGGAGCCUAAGAGAUCGUUUAUGCAUAUCUGAUGUGCUACAGUAUCCGACUGUGGAAGUCCGGUGUUUGCAGCAAGAAGAUCCGAGUGUGAAGUGGGAAAAGAUCCUUAUAACUGACACGUCAAGUUUGGAUUGUUUAGACACAAACUAUUGGAAGCUUGGUCUUGCAGCUUAUAAUCUUAAUAGAGGAAAUGAGCCACCUAACAAUUUUUUGGAGCAUGUCAGUGAUGAACACCGUCGAACAGUUUUGUGUACGGAGAACUUUGUUUUUUCGGUCUAGUUUCAUGGUGCAUGCUUCAAGCGUAGACAAGA